UCCUCCGCCAGAACUCUUCUUCCUCCUCUCUCCUCCAAUUCCCCUCCCCCCGCCGGUAUGGACGGACCUAGAUUCGUAAUCGAAGCAUCAGAAGCCGAAUCCAUGGCCAAACAAUCGGGCCUCACAAUCCCUCUGCUCCUUCCAUCGCUCGUCAAAUCGGCGCAGAGCCUAGCACGCCCGCCGAUCUCCAAAUACCAUGUCGGCGCCGUCGGUCUCGGAUCCUCUGGCAGAGUUUUCUUCGGCGUCAAUCUCGAAUUCCCUGGCCUUCCUCUUCAUCACUCUGUUCACGCCGAACAAUUCCUCGUCACAAAUUUCGCCCUAAACGCUGAAUCUCAACUUAAUUUCCUUGCGGUGUCUGCCGCACCUUGCGGCCAUUGCCGCCAAUUCCUCCAAGAAGUUCGCUCCGCCGCCGAGAUCAAAAUCCUCGUUUCCUCAAUCGAGGAAUCCGAUUCCAAAUCCAACGAUUACGUUCCUCUCCCCCAAUUUCUCCCCCACCGAUUCGGCCCUUACGAUCUUCUCAAUAAGGACGUUCCAUUACUUCUCGAGCCCCGAUUUAACGGCCUGUCUCUGUCGGACGAAUCCGCCGAAAAUCACACGCUCUGUAAUGGUGCUCACGGCAGCGAUUGGGAGAAACUCAAACGCGCCGCCUUAGACGCCGCGAAUAUGUCCCACGCGCCGUACAGUAGAUGUCCGUCGGGAGUUGCGUUAAUAGACACCGAUGGACAAAUCUACAAAGGAUCAUAUAUGGAAUCAGCAGCAUACAAUCCAAGUAUGGGGCCAGUGCAGACAGCGAUAGUGUCGUACGUCGCCGGCGGCGGCGGCGGGUACGAAAGAAUCGUCGCGGCCGUGUUGGUGGAGAAGGACGGCGUGGAUGUGAAGCAAGAACACACGGCGAGGCUGUUACUGCAGACGAUCUCGCCGGAAUGUGAAUUUAGGGUGGUUCACUGUGUCGCCGCCGUGUGAUUGGGCGGACGAAAUAAAUUAUUGGAGAAGGAAUUGAAAUGUUUACUGCAUUAUAUUAAA